AUGUUUUCUGUUGUUGUUUUGUUUUAUUUACUUCUCUUAGAAUUACCGAUCAAUCGUAGUAUCAAUAGUGAACAAAAUUCUCUAAUUGUAAUCGGUAAUAAAAAUAUUACACAUCAAAGUAAUUUAAUUACUGAAUCAUUUUCAAAACUAUCUAUCGAUGGACCAUUUUAUUGUUAUGUUACAUGGGUGGAUAAUAAACAAAUAAUUGAUAUUUAUACAGAUAAUAAUAUUCAUCCAUAUAUUAUAAUUCAUAUUGAACAAGAUACAUUAAAAAUAAUGAUUCAAUCUGAUGGAAAUUUUAAAUUUACUCAAAUGGAUAUUUAUCUGUAUAUACGUCCAACAGUGAAUGAAAUCUUCUUAACUGGAAUUAGUACUUUACAUAGUACAAAUGUAUUAAAAAUUGAUAAUCUAUUAAAAUUACAUACACAAGAUACGAGUAGUCUAAUUCUUCAAUUAGAUGUAUUCAAUCUUGAUGCUCUCUUUUUAUCAGCUGGAACAACGAAAUUAAACGGUCAUGUAAAAGACAAAGGUAUAAUUAAAUACAUGGGUAUUGGAAAUGUUGAUGCAUCUCAAUUAUUUUGUAAAUUUAUCGAUGUUGAAGCUAAUGGACUCGGUACUAUAUGGAUAACGGGUACAGAUGAAUGUAUUAUCAAAGCUGAAGGUGUGAGCAUUGUAAGAUACAAUUGUUCUAAUAUAAAUUAUACUCAAUUGGCUGGUUUGGCAAAAAUAAUUCCAAUUUAA